CUCUUCCCUUCCGACGCUGGCUUUUAUUUUUUUUAUUCUCAUAACGAGCCAUUAAUAUCAAUAAUAAUGCCCUCGAUCCGUCUUACACUCGUCAACAAUGCCAAGCAGACCCAGAAGUCUGCUGUCAUUCUCAAAAUCAGUGAUACGCUUGAUGGAUCCGCGGAUCCUAUUAACGAUAUUCUCACCCUUUCAAAGAACAAGUUGCGUCUCAAAAAAGCGAAAACAUUGUACCUGAACCAUGGAGUUGAACUUAAUGACCCAACAUGGCUGCUCAAUGGCAAAGUUACUCAAGAUAGUUUGAUUUAUGUCUCCUGUGGUGAAGGAUACGUUGGACAAACAAAAUCAGAUACCACAACUACACCAGUAGAGAACCAGAAUGAUUUGUCAGCUUCUUCCGACAAAGCUGAACCAGAUUCUAUCGCUGAAAAGCUGAGCACUCUAGAAUUGGAACCAGAAAUCUCUGCAACAAUUACCAUUUUGGCCAAAAAGAGCUAUAUCGAUCCUGAAGCAAACGCACAGCUCAACAGGACUGCUAUGUUGCCUGGUAUGCGUCAGGUCAUCGGACAGCCAGAUCUUCAUCCCGGCAACCAGCAUCCUAUUGGAGCUACAUUUAUCACGCAAAGUCUGAUUUAUCCAGCAUUGAUUGGGAACGAUAUUGGUUGUGGCAUGGCUGUAUAUAAGACGCGAUUGCCUUCUAAUAUAAAGCCUCAGAAAAUAGUCGACAAGCUGCAUCAUUUGGAGGGCCGCUGGACUGAGGGCGAUCCACAUGGAUUUCUGAUCUCACAGCUCGGUGAAGAGCAUUCGGAAACUGGAAAAGCACAUAUGGACCAACUCGGUACUGUUGGUGGUGGAAACCACUUUGCAGAAUUCGUAGUCGUGGAGCACAGAGUAGACCAGGAGAUCUGCGAUUCCAUCGGGAUCACGGACGCAAAUGCUUAUCUCAUCGUUCACUCUGGAUCUCGCAGAUUCGGGCAGACUGUUCUCGAGACUACCAAUAGUAUGCAGACGAAGGUUGAGAAGAAACAAUUGGGCAUUGUUGCAGACUCUGAAGUCGGGAAAAGUUAUUUGAAACAACAUGAUCUGGCCUGUGCCUGGGCGCGAACAAACCGUGAGCUGAUUGCGCAUCGUGUCCUUACCCGCUUAAACGCUGAAGAAGAUGCAGAGAAGAUCCUGGACAUCUGGCAUAACAAUGUGGAGCAAAAACUUAUCCCAAGUAUAGAUGCAGAGAGGCCUUGUUGGAUCCACCGUAAGGGUGCUGCUCCCAGUGAUCGCGGCUUAGUUGUCAUCCCAGGCUCACGUGGUCAUUUCUCGUACUUGGUGAUGCCAAAUGGUGAACAGGAAAAAAAUGGUUUCUCUUUGGCUCAUGGGGCCGGUCGAUUACUACCAAGAGCAAAGGCCUUACAGAAACGACCACAGACUUCGAAACAGGCAUCAAUUUCAGCACUCCAAACUACAGCUCUUGGCUCAAGUGUGAUUUGUGAAGAUACAGAUCUGUUAUUUGAGGAACAACCAGAAGCCUACAAGGAAAUAACAGAUAUAAUUGAUGAUCUGGGAUCCUUUGUAAAAGUCGUCGCCAUCAUGCGUCCUAUCUGUACAUACAAGAUGCGCAAAGAGGGUCGAACAUAGUUUUGUUGCGCGUUUUUAUGUCCAUGCAUUUUUAUACAUUUAUACAGCCAUAUUAAUAAAG